UUGCAAGUGAACGCUUAAAACACGUUCCUGGCAGGCGAAGUCACGCGGCCGUAAACUGAGUCACCUGGCAACAACUCCUCACCGCUGGCCCUGAAGACAGGGGCCCCCACAACCAGCGGAAGAGCAGCGGACCAGCGGGUGGACGCUGACUUCUCCAGACGCUCUUCCUAGUCGGUUUUUUUCCUCGCGAGGAGGCGAAUCAAAAGUUCUUUUUGCUGAAGACGCGCCGAGAGUUUUGUGAAGCUCGUUGUGAACUCAGACAUGGACGGAAGCCCUCAGAGAACACCCUGUCCUGCGUGGACCGAGUGCUGGGCAGUAAAACGGAUCCGCGCGCUGGUUCCGUUGGGUUUUAAGGGUGAAAUUAAAGAGCUGUCCAAGCUGGCCGCACCAGUGAUGUUGGCUCAGUUCAUGGGCUAUGGCGUGAGUUUUGUCAGUACAGUUUUUUGCGGCCAUCUUGGGAAGACAGAGCUGGCAGGAGUGUCUUUGGCCAUAGCUGUGAUUAAUGUCACAGGUGUAUCCAUUGGUUUUGGGUUGGCAUCAGCAUGUGAUACGCUGAUAUCACAGACCUAUGGGAGCGGAAACCUCUUGAGAGUUGGAGUCAUUCUGCAGCGGUCCAUCCUCAUUCUGUUACUGGCUUGUUUCCCCUGCUGGGCCAUUCUCAUCAACACAGAGCCCAUUCUCUUGGCCGUCAGACAGGAACCAGAAGUCGCCAGUUUAGCUCAAAUGUAUGUAAAGAUCUUCAUGCCCUCACUUCCAGCUACUUUCAUGUUUUUCUUAGAAUCACGAUAUCUCCAGAACCAGGGCAUCAUCUGGCCGCAGGUCAUCACAGGGUUGAUUGUCAAUCUGCUCAACGCCCUCAUUAACUAUAUUGUGCUCUUCGUAUUGAAAAUGGGAGUAGCGGGCUCCGCUGUUGCCAACACUUUGUCUGAGUUUGCCUUGGCCGGAUUCCUUUAUGCUUACAUCAUGUGGAAAGGUCUUCACAAGACAACCUGGGCAGGCUGGUCCAAAGAAUGCCUUGCUGACUGGAAAUCUUACAUCCAAUUGGCUGUUCCUGGAAUGGUCAUGAUGUGUGCAGAGUGGUGGACAUAUGAGAUUGGAGGUUUUCUGGCAGGUCUGAUAAGUGAGGUUGAGCUUGGAACGCAGUCAGUCGUAUACCAGCUGGCAAAUAUUGCCUACAUGUUCCCGUUGGGUUUCAGCAUUGCAGGCAACGUGAGAGUCGGAAACGCUUUGGGAGCCGGAGAAAUGGAGCAGGCCAAGCUGUCUGCGAAAGCAACAAUGUUCUGUGGAGGAUCGGUGUCUGUUUGCCUGGCAGUCCUCAUCGGGAGUCUGAAGAAUCAUAUCUCUUACAUCUUUACAUAUGAUGAGCAGAUUAGGGAAAGGGUGGCAGAAAUUAUAUCAUUUUAUGCUCCAUUCAUCAUCCUGGAUGCCAUGUCUGCUGCCUCUGGUGGGGUCAUCAGAGGAGCGGGUAAACAGAGAGUUGGGGCUAUUUGCUAUUUCUUGGGAUUUUAUGGCAUCGGAUUUCCUAUUGGAAUCCCUCUGAUGUUUGCUGCCAAACAAGGAAUAAAAGGUCUAUGGACUGGCCUGUUUACCUGUGUAACUCUGCAAUCCACAUUCCUCAUUUUCUAUCUGCUCAGGAUGAACUGGCAGACAGCCACAACAGAGGCUCGGAUCAGAGCAGGUGUGAUUGGCUGUUCUUCAGACACAAGUCCCCAAUCAGAAGACACAGAGCAUUCGAUAAGCGUGACAGACACCAUGGAUCUGGUUGCCACAGAAGAGGUUUCUCUGGAAGUCCAGCCCUCCUUCAGGAGCCUGGUUCUGCGAAGAGGUUUAGCUCUGGCUGGCAUGCUAUUGAUCCUGGCUACUGGAAUCAUCAUAAACCUGCUAGUCACGAACUUGGUUACUUGA